CCAUGUGUCCAAGGUUCUUAACAAAAAGUCCAACAUGAUCUCAUCACUCAGGUAAAUCUAAAACCUUCUGGAUGAAAAGAAUCAGACACACCCGUACAAUCUCCAAAAAAAACAUGAUUAAUAACAAGAGCUUCAUUUUCUCGAUCAUCCUCUGUUUUCUUCUUACAAUCAAAACAAGUGCCAUCCUCGUCUCUGCUCAAGAUCAACUGUGCUUGGCCAAAAGAUCUUUUAACACAAACAGCACGUUCAACAAGAACCGUCUCCUUCUCCUCUCUUAUCUUCCUCCUAACGUCACUCCUCAAAACAACUUCUUCUACAAUGCUUCUCUAGGCCAAGACCGAGACAGAAUCUACGCUCUAGCGAUGUGUAUCCCUGACACCGAAACAGAGGAUUGCUCAAACUGCGUCAAGACAACUUCCGAUGGACUUAUCACGACCUGCCCUAACAGCACCGAAGCUUUUCACUGGUCGGGCGAUGAAAAGACUCUCUGUUUCGUACGUUACUCCACCCGUUCUUUCAUCGGCUCACCAGAUAUGGACCCGCGUCAGAUUCUUCCCAACGCUACGGAUAUCAGAUCGAACUUGACAGACUUUGAUGGGAUUUGGCAAGAUUUGAUGCUUCGAAUAGUGGAAUCAGCUUCAUCAAAGUACUACGAAGCUGAGACCAGACCCUUGACAAGCACGAGUUCUGGAGAUACGACGGUGAUCUACACGAUCAUGCAGUGUACUUCUGAUGUAUCUAACGCUGAGUGCAGCACUUGUUUGAGAAAUAGCGUUGGGGAUUAUCAGAACUGUUGCCGUGGGAAACAAGGAGGUCUUGUUACUCGUCCAAAUUGCAUUUUCCGUUGGGAGUUUUAUCCUUUUUACGGAGCCUUCCGUAACACUUCACCAUCGGCUAAGAAAGACGGUUCUUCAGCAUUGAAAAUUGUCGUCCCAGUUCUUGUCGUUGCUUCCUUAUUGAUUCUAGCCGUAGUUGGAUACGUUCUUUAUGGGAGGAGGAGGAAGAAAAAGAAGGACAGUUUGAGAGAGACUUAUCAAGAACUUGAUACUGCAGAAGUUGAUGCUCUAUCUUCAUUGAAAUUCGAUUUCCGUGUUAUUCAAGCUGCUACUAGUGACUUCUCUGAAGAGAAUAAGCUAGGGGAAGGUGGAUUUGGUCCAGUGUACAAGGGAAAGUUUCGAGACGGGCAAGAAGUAGCGGUGAAGAGACUGGCCCUAGGUUCAGGGCAAGGAGAAGAAGAGUUCAAGAACGAGGUUUUAUUAUUAUCUAAGCUUCAACAUAGGAAUCUAGUUAAGCUACUAGGUUUUUGCUUGAAAGGCGAAGAAAGACUUCUGAUCUACGAGUUUGUACCCAACUCAAGCCUUGAUCAUUUCAUAUUCGAGGUAGCCAAACAAGACCAUUCACUGUCUUUGAAGGCUAGUUGGAGUACACGGUACAGCAUUAUCGAAAACAUAGCUAGAGGGAUUCUCUAUCUACAUGAAGAUUCUCGUCUCAAGAUCAUUCACCGCGACUUGAAACCUAGUAACAUUCUUUUAGAUUAUCAGAUGAACCCCAAGAUUUCAGAUUUUGGGAUGGCGAGGUUGUUCGAGUCAGAUGAUCAGACACAAGGGGUAACAACAAGCAGAGUCAUGGGAACUUACUGCAGCGGUUAUAUGCCACCGGAGUACAUAGCACAAGGACGGUUGUCGGUUAAAACCGAUGUUUACAGUUACGGUGUUAUGGUUCUCGAGAUCAUAUGUGGUCGGAAGAACAAUAGCUUUCAGCCAAGUGGUGUAGCUUUCCAUGCGUGGACAAAUUGGCGGGGAGAUAGAGCACUGGACAUUGUAGAUUCAGUGAUCACAGAGAAUGUAUCAAGAAACGAGAUGAUGAAAUGCAUCAACAUAGGACUGUUAUGCGUACAAGAGAGUGUGACGAGAAGACCAAACAUGAACUCAGUAGUUCAUUGGCUCAAGAGUAACUCUGUGACUCUUCCGGUUCCAUCAACACCUGCGUAUGUUGUUCAUAGCGAUUCAGGUGAAGCUUCCCGGGUUUCGCAGUCGACGGUCAAUGUUUCAAUCACUGAGCUUGAGCCACGUUAAAAGAUUGUUUAUUUAUACGCGCUUGAUUGUAAAGUUUCGGUUUGUUUUUUUUUUUUUUGUUGAUUAUGCUCUCAUAAGCUCUGCUUUUUCUGUAUGA